AUGGCCCGUUUUGUCUACAUCGUGCUGGCAAGCAUUGAUGCAUCCUCGCCUCCCUGCUGUGCUACCUGCCAUCCACCAUCACAUCCCAUUCUGCUCCAUGCAUUGCUUCCAACUGCUUGGGGUUUCAUCGCGUUGCUUCGAUGUGUACCAAGAGGCAGUCAGCCGUGCCGUGUGUUCUCUCUUCCUAGCAUACCUCCGCUGCUGAAGAACUCCGCCGCUGAAGAACUCCCCGCGUUCGGGAUGGUGGACUCCCUGAUCCGCCAAGUGGCUGAGCAUUUGGGGCGUUCUGGCCCGUGGCAUCAACGGUUUAUUGGCCUGCAGGAGGUCUUCACGAGAACUAACCUGGAGCUACAAGGGAUCCACGAUGUCCGCUGGCUCUCCCGGGGUGACGCCAUUCUGCGCGCGGUAGAGGUCUUCCCCGCGCUGAUCGUGAUGCUGUAUGAGUGGGACAGCAGCCUGUACGAGCUCGCCACCAGCUACAUGUUUCACCUUCUGUUAUUCUUCCUUGCAGACGUGCUCGAGCAGCUCAAUGUGCUGAACAGGGCAUUCCAGCAGCGUGAGCUGGACAUUGCAAGUGUUCACGGGCAGAUCCGCCGGUCUAUUUCAUUCCUCGAGUCCCGCUACGUCGACUGUGGUGACGACUUUGGAGGCGGGGUGAGCGCGCGCCUCUCCCCGUUCAUCAAGAAGCACGGGCCUGAGGGGGGCAAUCUCGAGGGGUCGACAAGCGGCGUGCGAUCAAGGAGCUGCGUGCCUUCUGCCCCAUCCUUGCAGAUCUGGCGCAGCUACAAGAAGCGCCGCCCAUUCGGCAAUGUGGCGGCACCACCAGCAAGAGAGGGGGAGGGCAGUGGUAGCAAGGGAAAGGAGGCCCUAGAGGAGGAGGAGGAGUCGGAAGAACGACAUGCUGAGGGAAGAGAUGAAUAUGAUGACAAGCAAGCCUCAUCUGAUGAUGAUUACUGA